GUACAACGGAGCCUCGCACAUUGUGGCGUUUUCGAUUGUUCGUCUUGGGAAAUCAGGAGAUAUUGAUUAUCUGGAGCAAGAGGCGUCCUCCUCCACAAGCUCCACAGAACCUCUUUCGUGGGGUAUGAGCUCGACCCCGCUUCAUCCAACAUAAAAGUCCAAAACCGUGCCCAUUUCAAUUCUCCACAUCCUCAGAAUUACAACUUGCGGUUAUUCUUCAGGUCCCGGAAUUCAAAAUGCUCGACAUUAACUAUUACUAUGUCUUUACAAUUAUCGUUAUUGCCUCUGGUGGAAUACCUAAAGGUUACGACGAAGACGGAUUCAGCGCUUCGAUAGGAUUGAAAUCUUUCAAAAAUGAUUACGAUCUCAACGCCUCCCAAUGGAAGAACAACGCAUCAGGACUAGCAAAUCGCCAAGCAAACAUCACCUCAUUCGGGGUACUCGGCGCUGCAUUUGGUUCAAUACUUGCGCUCAUGCUCACUGACCGAUUUGGACGUCUGCGAUGCUGGCGGUUCUUCGUUGUUUUGUGGGGUAGUGGUAUCUUGAUGCAGAUCUUUUCUUCUGGCAUUAUCGGCUUUAUGCUCUUCGCGAGAAUAUGGGGAGGUUUGGGUGCUGGUGGUUUGACUGUCGUUGCUCCUCUGUAUCUUUCUGAAGUGGCACCUGCUAGGUCGAGAGGGAUGAUUGUUAGCAUCUAUAUGGUCUUGCUACUCUCAUUCCUAUCGUUAGGCUUUUUCAUCAACUAUGCCGCAAGUGCCAAGAUGCCUGCCACUCCAACGCAAUAUCGUCUUGUACAAGCAAUUCCUCUGAUUCCUGUCGGCAUCGCAUUCAUCGGAUCGUUCUUCCUGUCAGACACCCCACGAUGGCUCGCAUCGAAAGACCGCGGUGAUGAGGCAUUGCACGCACUUUCUCGGCUACGUCGGACUGGAAAGAAUGACUUUGAGCUCUCUUAUGAAUAUGAAGAGAUCCAAGAGCAGAUUAGAGCGAAGCAGCAAACUCUUUCACAUGUUCCAGUAUGGACGAUCAUCAAGGAGAUCGCCACAAUUUCCACCUAUCGAGAACGAUUCCUGCUCGCUAUCUUCAUGCAAACGGUUGCUCAAUGGAGCGGAGGAAAUGGGAUUACUUACUAUAUUCCUCAAAUCUUUGUGUAUGCUGGCGUUACCGGCGGCAAUACAUCUUUAAUCACAUCCGGAGCCUACGGCAUCGUAAAGCUUGUCUUUACCCUCAUUUUCACUUGGGGAUUGAUCGACGUAUUCGGACGACGCAGAUGCAUGCUCACGGGCAUCGGCCUCCAAUGCAUCACUCACGUCUGGAUGGCCAUCUACAUGUCAAUCUUCGUUUCCUCCCAUUACAAGUCCGCUUCUGAGGCAGCUAUUGCCUCGGUAUUUAUCUACGCGGUGGGAUGGUCCAUCGGACUUUGCACAGUUCAGUAUCUCUACGGAACAGAAAUCUUCCCGACUCGAAUCCGCAGUGUUUGUUACGCGAGUAAUAUGGCUUUACAUUGGUUCUUCCAAUUUGCAGUUGUUCGGGUGACGCCGAACAUGUUUGUUAGUUUCAAUGUUUGGGGCGCGUAUGUCUUUUGGGCUUUGAUUUGCUUUAUUGGGUUUGUGAUUCUGGGUCUCUGGGCUCCGGAGACGAAGGGUGUGCCGUUGGAAAGAAUGGAAGAGCUUUUUGCUGGACGUUGGUGGAUGGGGUGGAAAGCGAGGGUAGAUUUGACGCAAUUACCCACUGGAGAAAAGUUUGUAGAUGGGGUUAAGGAGAAGAGCACUGCUACAGAGAUUGGAAAAGUGUAGUCAGC